AUGGUCUGCGCCGUGGAGCGAGCCGUCGCACAGCUUCCUUCCGAAGUAAGAGACGAAGCUCGCACCCGCGCUAUCGGUGUUCUGUCCAAGUGGCGGACACGCGACCCUCAAGCCCGGCCUUCACCGGCUGAGAAAGACGUCGUCAAGGGCCUCCGAAACAACCUCUCCAUUGCCAUACUUCCUGCGGACAAGGGAAAUGCCGUCGUAAUACUCAACAGAAGUGAGUACGAUCAGAAGAUGGCGGAUUUGCUUUUGGACGGGGAUACUUACGUAACCAUACAAAAAGAUCCCACGGCAAGCCUUCAAACGAAACUGCAGAAGCUACUCUCCAAUAUUUUUAAGUUCGUGCCGCCGCAGCACAAGCACCUUUACUAUCGCCUCCUGUGUACCAAUGGGUCUGCACCUGCAAUUUACGGCCUGCCCAAAGUACACAAGCCAGGCGUUCCGCUGCGGCCCAUCGUCGACUUCACAAGGUCGCCGCUGCACCGACUUUCGGGUUACCUACACCAAGUGUUGGGCCCACUCGCCGGAAAAACAGCAACGCACAUUGCCAAUUCGUCAGCUUUCGUGGAAAAAGUGCGCGACAUUUCCCUGGAUGAAGAAGACGUGAUGGUAUCCUUCGACGUCAGAGCGCUCUUCACUUCCGUGCCUGUCGACUUGGCCGUAGCGGCGUGCACGAAGGUCCUGCUGGCGGACGAAACGCUCGCAGAGCGCACACCUUUAGAGGUACAGGACGUCUGCGAGCUGCUAGAAUUUUGCCUAAGCAACACGUAUUUCACCUACCGCAAGCAGUGUUAUAAGCAGAUCCACGGAACUGCCAUGGGGGCUUCCAACUCCGUUACUACGGCCAGUUUGGUCAUGGAGCUAGUUGAACAGAAGGCCCUUGCCGACUUCGCUCCCGCGCCCAAGAUAUUCGUCCGCUACGUGGACGACUGCUUCUGA